AUUUAAAAUUAGGUUAGUUGGGAUGUUUGAUACGUUAACUCUUAAAUUAAGUUUCAUAUUAUGCUUCCUUUCAUGCUUUACAGUAUCCGUCUUAUCUAUGUAUUGCGAAAGAGAAAAUUGCUAUGAUUUAUUAAAAGUUACAAGAAGCUCAUCAAAAUCGGAAAUUUCAAAAAGUUAUAGAGUAUUGGCAAAAGAAUAUCAUCCAGAUCGUCACAAAUCUCAGGAAGACAAGGAUAAAUAUGGAAAAUUAUUUAUGCAAAUUGCUCAGGCUUAUGAAGUACUCAAAGAUGAAGAAACACGUAAAGAAUAUGAUUAUAUGUUGGAUCAUCCUGAUGAAUACUACAGAAAUCAUUAUUAUUACUACAGAAGAAGGUAUUCUCCUAAAAUGGAUGUUAGAAUUGUUAUCGCUGUUAUAAUUGCAAUAAUAUCUUUAAUACAGUAUUUGACUGCGUGGCAAAAGUACAAUGAGGUGCUCAACUAUUUUUUAACCAUUCCCAAAUAUCGCAUAAAAGCCAAAGAAAUAGCCGAAAAUCAGGGCCUGCUCUCUGACCUCUAUGGCCCAUCCGCUAAAAGGUUGAAUCGUCAAAAAAACCUUAAAAUGAGCAAAGAGGAUAUGAAAUCGGAAGAAGAAAGAAUCCUUAAAAAGAUCAUUCGAGAACAAAUGGAUGUCAAGGGCGCCUACGCCAAGCCCGAAUGGACGGAUCUUAUAGUCGUUAAACUCGUUCUCUUGCCGUAUUCUCUUUACGAAUACCUGAACUGGUAUGCCAGAUGGAUUUACAAAUUCGAUUACCUCAAAUUAGAAUACGGAAUGGAAGAAAAAUUAUAUUUGAUUCGCAAGUUCAUGAAAAUGAGCCAGUGUCAAUUCGAUCAAUUUACGGAGGAGGAAAAGGAGGAAUACUUGGAACAGACGCUUUGGAUAAAAACUAAUUUUGACGAAUGGAAAAAGGUCAAAGACGAAGAAGCCAAGAAAAAAUUGCUUCAGAGCGGCAAAUACAAAAACUACAAGCGAUGGAUGAGGAAAGGGGGGCCGGGCCAAAUUUCUUUCGUUGAAGAUGAAUAAGAAUUUAUUUUAUUUUAUUUAUUAAUAAUUUUAAAAUCGCGACGUAUUUUUUUUUAUUUACCAAAAAAAUUUUAUACUAGAAAAUUGUGACCGAGUAAAAUUAUUCUUGGUGCAAACAUUAAAUUCGACUUAUGUAUAUUUUUUUAAAUUAAAAAUGGUCUAAACAAAAUCGUCGAUUUCAAUAACUUAUACUCCUCACGCCUAAUAUAUUAUAUAAAAAAAUGUUUUUAUAUGAUUUAUUUCGGAAAUGUUUUUGCUAAUAUUUAUUAUGAAUUCAAAUGCUAAAAAGGCUAAAUUUUUUCGCAAAAUGUUA